CUCCACAACAGCACUGUACCCUGACAACUCUAUAAUAUUCGGAAAAUCUGCGAUAAUAUUUUCAAUUGGACAACUAUUUACCACAAAAACACAAGAAAAUGUCUCGGCAAGCUUCCAGACUGGACGCUAAGAAAGUGAACUCGGAGUUCCUGACACUCACCUAUGGGGCACUGGUCACCCAGAUGCUGCGCGACUUCGAGAACGUCGAGGAUGUGAAUAAGCAGCUGGAGCGGAUCGGCUAUAAUAUGGGUAUGCGCCUGAUUGAGGAUUUUCUGGCCCGCACCUCGGCGCCCCGAUGUUUGGAGUUGCGAGAAACAGCGGACAGAGUUCAGCAGGCGUUUCGCAUCUACCUCAACAUCCAGCCCACCAUCUCAAACUGGUCCCCGUCCUCGGACGAGUUCUCGCUUCUGUUCGACAGCAAUCCGCUGACGGAGUUCGUCGAGCUACCGCCGGACUUGACCAAUCUACGCUACAGCGCCAUCCUGAGCGGCUGCAUCCGCGGCGCACUGGAGAUGGUACAGUUGGAGGUGCAGUGCUGGUUCGUGCAGGAUCAGCUGAAGGGCGAUAAUGUGACGGAGCUGCGCGUUAAGUUCGUGCGGCGUCUAGAGGAGGUCAUACCAGCUGGCGAGGAUUAGAAAACAAGUGUGGAUCAGAGCGAGUACUAGGAGUAUAUUUUAUGGGGUCAAAAGCACAUUCUGUAGAAUUUAAAGCCGCAUCUCUAUCUGGAUUGAGAGCAACUGCAGUCCACAUUCCGGAGCCAAAAAGCAAGAGCAGCAGCAGCAGGAGCAGGAACAGCAACAGCAUGGGCAACAAGCAACAUCUACAGCUGCAGCAGCAAUAUUGGAGCAAUAAUAAUCUUUACAACAAGUUUAGUUUUAUGUUUUAUUCGACUUUAUACAGAUGAUUUAUUUUGGACAUAAAGACAACAGUAACAAAUAUUUA